AUGGCGGAGAUGGCCGACAUCGCGCCCAUCUUUUCGAGCUACGCCUCGGGCACGGGGGAAGUGGACGGAAGGAGCUUUACGAAGCUCUGCAAAGAUUGCAGCUUACUGGAUAAAAGCUUCAGCCAAACAGACGCUGACCUCAUCUUCGCCCGGGUGGUGCCCAAGGGCCAGCGGAAGAUCACCUUGGCCGAGUUUGAGAAGGCUUUGGGCCUCAUUGCGGAACGCCGGGGAUGCCCUCAGGAGGAUGUGCUGCAGAGGGUGGCCGACGGGGCCGGGCCAUCCCUGGAAGGCACCAAGACGAGCGCUGUGCGACUGCACGACGACAAGAACACCUACACGGGCGUCCAUGCCCGCGGGGGGCCAGAGUCUGUGCCCAAGGGCUAUGGCCAUGUGCCUGGCGGCAGCAGCACCAGUCUGAGCCGCAAGGACACUCGUCGCCUCUCCCGUAGCUCCUCUGGUGCUGGCGCCUCGGUCUGCGCGCUGCCGAACCUCCUGGGCUCCGCGACGGUGGAGCGGAAGCUGAGCCGCUCGAGCUCCACGGGGAUUCUGCGGCCCAUCACUCCGGCCAUGGAGAAGGCCCAGACCAUCAGCCGCCGGGAGGGCUGCGGGCUGCUGGAGAGCGUUUUUGAGGCCUAUUGCGCUCCGGGGCAGACAGAGAUGGACGGCAAGUGCUUCGUGAAGCUCAUGAAGGAUAGCAAGAUCGUGGGGCCUCGCUUCACCUCCACGGACCGGGCGUGCAGGGUAUGA